AAAUCGCCUCAGCGCACGUUCCAAGGUGAUGACAAUGGUGGAUUAGAGCAAGUAGGGCCAUCAUUAACAAGUGGAAACGUGGAAUUUGGUUUCUAUGGCGAGGAUCCGGUAGAACAAGGCAGUAGUUCCAGGCCUGUUAGAUUAAGGGAGCCGAACAAAAGAAUAGAUGAAUUGGAAGUUCGAGUCGAGAAAGCGGUUCAUGCGAAGCGUCAGCGAAACUGGUAUCUUGGACAACUGCGGAAACGGCGAAAUUGUGUACAAGAAUUGAUUUUAAGCCCUAGCACACAGAUAAGUGGAGUGGAAGCCGAGAUUUACAGGUAUGAAGAAGCAUUUCGUAACUUUGUUGUCAGUCAUGAUAAUUACUUCAGCUUUGAAGAUGAUGAAGAGAACAAACAAUUUAUUAUUGACAGUUAUCAGAAUGAACGAGAAAUGAAAUUACAGUUAAAAAUCCUCAUAAAUCAGUGGAGGAAAACGGGAGUAGGUACCCCUCCUUCUGAAUCUGGAUUGAGCCAUGGGUCUGACAAGAGCGAGAGAAGUUGUGUGUCAAAUAGAAGCAGUGUUAAAGAGAAGAGAAGGGUGGCGGUAGAAGCUAAAUUGGAAGUGCAGACCCUAAAGGAAAAGCAGGAACUAGAACGCAAAUUAGAAGAAGUAGAAAGAAGUAAAGCAGAGUUAAACAGGAAAUUAGAGCUGUUGAGUGCUAAAACUAAGAUGGAGCAGGCGGAAAUUGACUUAUUGCUGGAGCGCGGCGAAGAGAAUGAAGCGAAGGAUGGGAUGAAUGAUUACUUAAAAGAUCAUAGCGCCAAUUAUCCUCCUGCGAAGGGGCAUUUAUGA